UAACAGUUCUUGGCCAUGCUUAAGUUAACGUUAGUCUGUUUGUUAGCCGGGUUGGCGGUGGCCCAGCACAGUCCCCACUGGUGGGGCAACCGCAAUACCAUCGUGCAUCUCUUUGAAUGGAAGUGGGCGGACAUAGCGAAGGAGUGCGAGGACUUUCUCGCUCCGCAUGGCUACGCGGGCGUCCAAGUGAGCCCCGUGGCCGAGAACAUCGUGUCCGAGGGUCGUCCAUGGUGGGAGCGCUAUCAGCCCAUUUCCUACAGGUUGAUCACACGCUCCGGCAACGAGCUCGAGUUCGCCGACAUGGUGCGCCGCUGCAACGAUGUGGGCGUCCGCAUCUAUGUGGACGUUCUGCUCAAUCACAUGUCCGGCGAUUGGGUGGGCACUGCCCGAGGCACUGGCGGAUCGGUGGCUGAGCCCAGUAGCAAAUCAUUCCCGGGCGUGCCCUAUACACAGCAGGACUUCCAUCCUAGCUGCGAGAUCCACGACUGGAACGAUCGUUUCCAGGUGCAGCACUGCGAGCUGGUGGGCCUCAAGGAUCUCGACCAGAGCAGCGACUACGUGAGAAGGCAGCUGAUCGAGGUGCUCGAUCACCUGAUCACCCUCGGCGUCGCUGGCUUCCGCGUGGAUGCGGCCAAGCACAUGGCUGCCAGUGAUCUGGAGUAUAUUUACAGCCACACGCGCAACCUGAACACAGACCACGGCUUCCCCCACAACGCACGGCCCUUCAUCUACCAGGAGGUCAUCGAUCAUGGCCACGAGACGGUCUCGCGGGAUGAGUACACGCCCCUGGGAGCCGUCACCGAGUUCCGUUUCUCAGAGGAAAUCGGCAAGGCAUUCCGUGGCAACAAUGCGCUGAAAUGGCUAUCGAGCUGGGGCACCGACUGGGGAUUCCUGCCCUCGGAGCAGGCGCUGACGUUCGUGGACAACCACGACAAUCAGCGCGACGGCGACCAGGAGCUGAACUACAAGUCGCCCAAGCAGUACAAGAUGGCCACCGCCUUCCAUUUGGCCUAUCCCUAUGGCAUCAGCCAGGUGAUGAGCUCCUUUGGCUUCGAUGAUCGCGACCAGGCGCCGCCCCAGGAUGCCCAGGAGCGCAUCAUCUCGCCGGAGUUCGAUGAGGACGGCGGCUGCAUCAACGGCUGGAUCUGUGAGCAUCGCUGGCGCCAGAUCUACAACAUGGUGGCCUUCAAGAACGCCGUCCGCGGCACCCAGAUGAACAACUGGUGGGACAAUGGCGACAACCAGAUUGCCUUCUGUCGCGGCUCCAAGGGCUUCGUCGCCUUCAACAACAACCUCUACGACCUCUCGGAGACUUUGCAAACCUGCUUGCCCGCGGGCGAGUACUGCGACGUCAUCUCCGGCAACUUGGUUAAUGGCGCCUGUACGGGCAAGUCGGUGAAGGUGGACGGCAAUGGCUAUGGCUACAUUCACAUCGGAGCCGAGGACUUCGACGGCGUCCUCGCCCUGCACACGGAUGCGCGCCUGUAAGGGCCGAGCAAAUAAUAAAA